UUUCAGUCUGCUCCCGACUGUUUUCCGAAAACGACGUGUGCGUGUUGUUCGGUGCUCCUCCCGGUUUCGGCAAUACGAAAAUAAGAAGACGUUGAUUUUUUUUCUUGCUCCGCCGGUGAUAAGAAGACAGUUGUCCAAAAUGCCCACCUACCACAAGCCGGAAUCGAAAACCAUCCAGGAGCUGAAGGACGUGGCCCACAAGCUGCGAAUUCACUCGAUCAACUCGACGCAAGCCUCGAAAUCCGGCCAUCCGACAUCAUGCGCGUCGAUUGCCGAAGUCAUGUCCGUGUUGUUUUUCAACACGAUGCGGUACAAGAUUUCCGCGCCCCGUGACGCGUCCUCGGAUCGGUUCAUCCUGUCCAAGGGCCACGCGGCGCCGAUUCUGUACGCGGCCUGGGCCGAAGCCGGUCUGUUUCCGGUGAGCGAUCUGAACAACCUGCGCAAGAUCGACUCCGACCUGGAGGGUCAUCCGACGCCGAGGUUGAACUUUAUCGACGUCGGAACAGGUUCGCUGGGCCAGGGUGUGGCCGUGGCCUGUGGAAUGGCCUACGUGGGCAAAAACAUUGACAAGGCCGACUACCGGACCUAUGUGUUGGUGGGAGAUGGUGAGUCCGCUGAGGGAUCGGUGUGGGAGUCGCUGCACUUUGCCGGCCACUACAAGCUGGACAAUCUGUGCGUCAUUUUCGAUGUGAACCGUUUGGGACAGUCUGAGCCGACUUCGCUGCAGCACCAGAUGGAAGUUUACCGGAAACGGUUGGACGCGUUUGGAUUCAACGCGAUCGUCGUCGAUGGUCACGAUGUGGAGGAGCUGUGCAAGGCGUUCUUCGAGGCUUCUUCGACCAAGGAUCGUCCGACGGCCAUCAUUGCCAAAACGUACAAGGGAAAGCAUUUCCCCAAGAUUGAGGAUCUGGAGAACUGGCACGGAAAGCCGCUUGGGGACAGUGCCAACACCGUGAUCGAGCAUCUGCAGGGUUUGAUCCGUAACGCAGGACCGAUUCAGAUUACGCCUCCGUCGCCGCAAAAGGACAGCGCCAAGAAGGUGAGCAUUAGCAACGUACAACUUGCCACUCCUCCCGCCUACCAGCUGGGAGAGUCCGUUGCAACUCGUCUGGCUUACGGAACGGCCCUGGCCAAGAUCGCCAUGAACAACGAUCGCGUCAUCGCUCUGGACGGAGACACCAAGAACUCGACCUAUUCCGAUAAGCUGCGUAAGGCCUUCCCAGACCGGUUCAUCGAGUGCUUCAUUGCCGAGCAGAAUCUGUGCGGCGUUGCCAUAGGAGCGGCCUGCCGUGAUCGUACGAUCGCUUUCGUGUCCACCUUCGCCACGUUCUUCACGCGUGCCUUCGAUCAGAUCCGUAUGGGUGCCAUCUCCCAGACGAACGUCAACUUUGUCGGAUCUCACUGCGGUGUGAGCAUCGGCGAGGACGGACCCAGCCAGAUGGGUCUGGAGGACAUUGCCAUGUUCCGUACGAUCCCGGGAAGCACCGUGUUCUAUCCGUCGGAUGCCGUUUCUACCGAGCGUGCCGUUGAACUCGCGGCCAACACCAAGGGCGUCUGCUUCAUCCGUACGUCCCGCCCGAACACGGCCGUCAUCUACGACAACAACGAGCCGUUCCACAUUGGCAAGGCCAAGAUCGUGAAGCAGUCGGCCAACGACACGGUCCUGCUGAUUGGCGCCGGCAUCACGCUGUACGAGGCACUGAACGCGGCCACCGAGCUGGAAAAGUCGGGCGUCCACUGCCGCGUGAUGGAUCCCUUCACGGUCAAGCCGAUCGACGGGGAGGCCAUCGUCCAGCAUGCAGCCGCGUGCGGAGGCCGUAUCGUCGUCGUUGAGGAUCACUACAAGCAAGGCGGUCUGGGCGAAGCGGUCCUGUCGACCGUGGCCGGCCAGCGCAACGUGGUCGUGAAGCACCUGGGCGUGGAGGAAAUCCCCCGCUCGGGCCCACCGACCGUGCUGAUCGACAUGUUUGGAAUCUCCGCUCGCUGCAUCGUGGCCGCGGUUAACGAUAUUUUGAAGCUGUAAACGCAACUCUUGCCCAUGUAGCUGUGGCGACAACAAGUAUGUAAUGGUUAUUCACUUCCCUGGGUCCCCCAAGCUUACAGCUUACAUUGAUUCACCCCGCUCCGUAAAAUUGGACUUAUCGUAUACAUUCCCCAAUGAAAUUGAUUGCAAUUCCCUGCGUUGAAAUACGUUCCUUAGCUGUUAAGAUGAAUUGAGAAAAAGUUUUUCCUUUCCUGUUGUUUGGAUCAUUGGUACGUUUACUUAUUAUACAUUGUUCCGCGAAGCAUUUAAUAAAUUUUGUAACAAAAAUAA